CAUAGAAAUUCCACUUUGCAUAUUUCCCUUCGUCUCUUAGUUCUCUAGCAAACCUCUCUCUUUGAAAGCGAAACCGUCUCCCAAAACCUCACUCUCAUCAAUCAUCAUGGCCACCCCUGCGUACCGAGACGACCUCCACACCAUACUUUCCGAGCAACGCCGAGAGCUCAUGGCCGCCAAAACCCUAGACUCCGACCUCGACAUCGCCUUCAGUCUCCAAAUGCAGGAAGCCAUGACGGCCUCCCUCUCUCAACAGCCCUCGUCUUCGCGCCCUCCUCCUCCUCCGCCGCUCAUCCACGACGAAUACGACGACGUAUUGGACCUGGCCGUCGCGCUCAUGCUCGAGGACGUCCAGAAAUUCGCGCAGGAAUACGACGACCACGAGCGGUCCCUCUUCGAAAUAAGCCAGGCGAAGGAAGACCUCGACCGUCGGAUUCACGAUCAGAAUUUCGCCGACGAGGUCCGCAACGUCCCGGAGGACUAUUGGAGCAAGUACGGCGAUUACUACGAGAAGCCGUACUGUGGCGACGGCGCUUCUUCGUCGUCGUCGAAACCGGCGGUGGAGACUGAGUGUUUGAGGUUGUAUUGCAAGGGUUUGGUUGGCGAAGAGGUGGUUAGGGAUUCGAAGGUGGUGGUGGCUGGGGCUGGGGUUGCGAUUUGUGACCCUAGAGAUAAUCUGAUAUUCGAGGCGAGGAAGAAUCUGGAGGCGUUUGAUGGUGGUGUGGUGAUGAGCAAUGAGGCUGUGGAGCUUGAGGCUCUCCUUGAAGGGCUCAAUACAGCUCUCACUCUGGACUUGACAAAUGUCACAUUUUUCUGUGAUGGCUACAUGCUUUACCAAUACGUUACAGGCAGAGUGCUUCCUGGGAACUGCAAGAUUGCAACAUUAGUCAAUCAAUUAGGAGUUCUACGAAGAAAAUUUGAAUAUUGCAGCCCUUCUUUUGUGGCACGUAGUGACAUUAAGUUUGCAUUUCAAUUUGCAAGAGAAGCUAUAGUUUCUCAAAUAACCUGGCCUGCAGAAACUAGCAGUGGCAAAUCUUUGAAGGAGACUUGUGUAAUUUGUUUUGAGGACACUGAUGUUGGUCGAAUGUUUUCAAUUGAUGGUUGUCUGCACAGGUAUUGCUUUUCUUGUAUGAAACAGCAUGUAGAAGUUAAGUUGCUUAAUGGGCAGGUGGCACAGUGCCCUCACGAAGGCUGUAAUUCUGAGAUCAAUAUUGACAGUUGCGUACAAUUCCUGGCACCUCAACUAGUUGAGGUUAUGAGCCAAAGAAUCAAGGAAUCUUCUAUUCCUGUCACAGAAAAAGUUUAUUGCCCAAAACCCAGGUGUUCUGCAUUAAUGUCCAAAAAGGAGGUCUUGCAAUAUACAAGCAGCUUUUAUGCGGGUGCUGAACAAUCUGGAGCCAGGAGAUGCAUGAAAUGUCAUUCCUAUUUUUGUAUCAAUUGCAAGGUCCCAUGGCAUUCGGACAUGACAUGCUAUGAUUACAAAAGAUCGCAUCCCUAUCCCCUUGCAGAAGACCAGUUGCUGAAGUCGUUGGCUACAAUGAAACACUGGCGCCAGUGUGUUAAGUGCAAGAAUAUGGUUGAACUCGCAGAAGGUUGUUACCACAUUACUUGCAGAUGUGGAUAUGAGUUCUGCUAUACUUGCGGAGCUGAAUGGAAGGACAAGAAACCAACAUGUUCCUGCCCAAUCUGGGAUGUGCGCAACAUCAUACGCGAACAGCCACGACAAGUCCGGCCCAUUAUACUUGAGCAACCACGCCAAGUUCCCCAACAACUGCGGCAGCCCAUUAUGCCACGGCAGGUGCAGCCUAUCAGACUUGAACACCAACGACAAGGCCAGCCCAUUAGACAUGAACAACCACAAAGGUUUCAAGUGCAGCAGCCCAUUAUGCCACAACAAGUACAGCAUGUCAUACAUGAACAGCCACGACAAGGACAACCUGGACGUGAGCCACCUCAACAACUGCAGCCCAAUAUAUAUCAGCAGCACCGACGUGGACAGCCUGUUGUACAUGAACAGCCACGACAGGCACAGCCCAUUAGACGUGAACAGCCACGACAGGUACGGCAACAACAGAAUUAUGACUACAAUGAACAGCCACGACAGGUACGGCGACAAGAUGAUUACAACUACUAUGGCUAGUGUAUCAGAUUAAAAGCGGUUUAGGCUAAAUAUCCUUGUGCAGUCUCCUUUUCAUUGGUUUUUUUCAUAAUGGUUAGUGCUAGAGCAGUGGGAAUGACUGAAGAUGAGACAAUAUAAUUUGGCACAUUGUGUUUUUCUGAGUCUUUUA